UCAUGGGUUUUUUCUGAUAUUAGUCUUCUUAAUUUUUUCUUUCUUUUCUAUCAAAUCCUUAGGUACCCAUUUCCAAAAGAAUCAGAAUUUCAGAAUUUGAUCAUCAAAUUUCAAAAAUUGACCAUUUCAUGGUUUGAACACUCUGGGGAUUUCUAAUUUGACACCACCUCUCUCUCUCUCUCUCUCUCUUCUUGAUCCAUCACCAUAACCUCAUACAAUGUAUGGAACUGAGGGCGGAAUAGACAUGGCCUUAGAAUUUCAGUCCCAUAUCCCCAUUUUGAGGCCAAGCAUUCAUGCCAGGAGGGCAAACCUAACUGUAAAGUUUCAAGAUCUUUAUGGGUUCACAGUAGAAGGAAAUGUUGAUGAUGUUAAUGUAUUGAAUGAGGUUAGAGAGAAGGUGAGGCAACAGGGUAGGGUUUGGUGGGCUUUGGAGGCCAGCAAAGGGGCCAAUUGGUAUUUGCAGACUCAAAUUUCAUCAACCCUUAAAUCUUCCCUUACAUUUUCAGCUUUAGGUAAUGCAGUUACCCUCAAGAAGCUCAUCAGGAAGGGGAUUCCGCCGGUUUUACGGCCUAAGGUCUGGUUUUCGCUCUCUGGGGCGGCUAAGAAGAAGUCCACGGUUCCAGAGACCUAUUACAAUGACUUGACCAAGGCUGUUGAGGGUAAGGUCACACCGGCAACGCUGCAGAUCGAUCAUG